AUGCUGACUGGAUCAGACAUCUACCUGUUCUUCGCACUGGUCAACCUGGUUGCCAUUCUCUUCGCCUACUGCUUCUAUGCUGAGACUGCCGGUGGUGAUCUCGUGGAAGUCGACGCUAUUUUCGCCAAGGCUCACGUUGAGAAAAGGUGGCUCUUUCGGGUUGCUCAGGAGCUUCCCAAGCCCACCAUCGAGCAAAUCAUCCAAAUGCAGACCGAGCUUGGUCUCGACACCUCCGCGUUUAGUAUGAUCAAAACCACUGUUUAA